CAAAAAAAUGGCGGUAAUAUUGGGCUUAUGUCGGAUGUCAAUUACUUCUCGAAGCACAACAUGUAAAAAUAGAACGGACUGAGCGAAGGAGGGGGUCAAAAAGGCUAGGAUGACUACAAAGUUACGACUUGCGUCAUCUGGAGGCGAUGUAAAGAUUUGGGACAUGCCAGAAUUGAACAUAGCGAAAGCCUUCAGCCCUCACUCUCAACCUGUGGGUUCGUUGUGUUGGAGCCCCAACAAUCAGUGUUUGGCUAGUGCUGCUAAUGACAAAGUUGUUGUCACAUAUGUUAAGGGGGAUGAGUAUGAUACUGCUGAAAUUACUGCUGGGGAAGGAAACACUUGUGUGGCCUUUAAUUCAUCUUCUCGUUAUUUGCUUACUGGUGGAAAUAGUAAAACUCUUAAUAUUUGGGACAUGAAAACAAAAAGUGUAAAGAAAACAUAUAAGGAUCACAAGGACAUUGUGUCUUGUGUCGCUUUUAACUGGAAUGACACAUCUAUUGCGUCAGGGUCAGUGAAUGGAGACAUACUUCUUCACAAUGUUAUGACAGGACAAGCCUCAGAUCCUCUGAGAUUAGCCAAAACACAGGCAGUGCGAGACAUUCAGUUUUCACACUUCAAAAAGAGUUUAUUGGGUGCUGUUAGUGACGAUGGAGCUCUUAAUCUUUGGGAUUCUAACACAAAAAAACUAUCAACAUCAUUUGCCUCUGAUCACAAAGGACCUGCAACAGGAUUAAGUUUCUCACCCAUGAAUGAUAUGCUUCUGUGUAGUGUGGGACUCGACAAAAGAAUUGUGUUCUAUGAUGUUCAGCAGAAAAAGUCAGUUAAAGUUAUGAUGGCAGAAUCUCCCCUGACAUCUGUUGAUUUUAUGUCUGAUGGAGGAACAUUGGCAGUUGGUUCAACUAGAGGUAAAAUCUACAUCUAUGACUUGCGUAGCGGAUCCAGUCCAGUCAACACAAGAGUGGCACACAAAACAUCUGUUCAAUCACUUUCAUUCCAGUCAUCGACAAAGGUUAAUAGUUUAGGAAAUAGCAAAAGCUCAAAACCUGUGACUUCAAAUACUAAACCUACACCAAAUCCAGUGCCAACAGAAGCACAGCCUGCUUCAACAAGCAUUGUACCAACCAUUACAGCUGUCAAUGUACCAGAUCACACUUCACACACUCCACUAUCAAAACAAAAUGGAAUUAAAAAUGAAGAAUCAGAGGAUUUAUUCUCUCCUUUAAGAGAAGUCAAAACAGCAGCUGUAGAGGCUCCCAGUAGGCAAACCAAUGAGCCACCCCUCCCUGGUUCAGGAGAGGCAUCUCCUUCAUACAACUUAAAAGAAAACAAUCCACCAGAUGGAUCAGGAAUAUUUUCUCCAAUUGGGAGCAAUCUGUCUUCCCUGUCAACCAGACAGUUGCAUCACCCUGCUGAAGUGACAGCCACAACAAAAAACAGUUUACAUCAAGAUUUAAACUCACCAAGAACACUUGCAGUAACCACAGCAAAUGAAGCAACAGCUUCAACUGUUCAAAGUAACCGAUCACCUGGUGCCAGAGCCCACACUGACUCGAGCACUGGUCAGGAUCUGGUGGGUGACAGUAGAACCAAAUCCUCAUCAGAUGCUGUUUUCAGUGGGAAUCUGUCACCCAGUAUUACUAGGGCCCAGUUUGAGAGAAAUCAGAGAAAACGUUUUUCUGGAGAAUAUGCUGAUUCACAGGUUACUAAAGGGAGCCUACAUGCUGAGGCAGAUGUACAGCAACUAAUCAGUAUCUCACCCUCUGGAUCUCUCAGAAGUGAAAAUUUAGUUGCACAACUAGAAAGCAGUGGGCAAAAGUCACCACUUGGAUCUCCAUCCAAUCACAGAAGGUUAGCAGAUGGUGGUUCAAGAAUACGUGAUCAGUCUGUUGGCCAAAGUACAGGACCUAAAGUACCAGACUCAGUGUCACCUGGUGAGAGUUUAAUAUUUGAUAAUGUAAAUCGUAGUCCAGAUCCUUUACCAAGUGGAGCUGUUGGUAUGGCAACUACAAUUACUGAUGUGGGUGCAAUUGGUGCCAGUAAUGCAGGCUUAUUACCAUUUCAAGUACAAUUUAUUAAGAACCUGAUUGAUGAAUCACUGGAUGAGUUCAGGGUUGCAUUACACAGGGACAUUGUAAAUGUACAGGUUGAAAUGCUGAGACAGUUUCAAAUACAGAAAAAUGAAUUAAAAGGGAUGCUAGAAAAGUAUUCAGUCAAUGAAGCCUUGAUCUCUGAGAUUGAAAGAUUAAAAGAAGAGAACAAUAGACUUAAAUCCAAAUAUUGAGACUGUUGGCAGCUGUUCCUUUUACACACAGUAGAUUGAGAGAGACAGUACAGACACGACUGACAGAGAUAUGCAUUGAAUAUAUAUCACAUAAAAUUCCAUGUUUGUUGUUGUAGUUUUACAGUUUUAAGAAACAAUGAUAAUCAAAUGGCUUUCAUUUAAUGAUUGGCUAGCAAGAAUUAUCACAUCAGGGUUUUAGUUGACUAGGCAAGCAUAGUGGAAUUCAUACAAAAUGAAACCUACCAAGAAAAUGCACAGUUAGUUUGUAUCCACUUGAAAGAGUUUUCUAUUUAUUUAUUUAUUUCUUUUUGUACAUUCUUGCAUGCUUGCCCAGCUGACUUUUUAUUAAUUAUAUCCAAAAUGAGGUAAAUUCUCUUAGACCUGUGAUUACUUUUUUAAGAACAACUGGUUAAAAAGGAAUGAUUGGUGUUGCUUUUGUUUUGUGGGCCAAGUAUGUGCCAGUAACCCUUAAAGUGCCACUAACUCCAAAAAUUUUUUUGAACAAAAUAAAUCUCCUUGUACUGUGGAUAGCAAAGUCGCAUCUAUUCAAGGGUUUUUUUCUAUGAAUUUUUAAAGAUCCUGAAAUUGGCCUCCUUGAUAACGACUGAGAAUUAGGGGAGUUGGGACAGGUUGACUUAAGACAUCAUCCUAAGAACCUAUUUGACAUUAUUCACAUCAUUUAGUAAGAAAGCAGUCACACAACAACCUAGGAAAGAACCCUAGAAGUAUGCAGGGUGGCUCCAUUCGACCUUGUUCAUUUAGCUUUUGAUUCUUGAGCUAAUUUUUUGACAUCACUUGCUUUUAAAUGGAUUGAAUCUGUGGUCAAUGACACUAUGUUCCUUGAAACUUGUAUUACAUUUGGCUUUCUAGUGUUUGCGUACUCUAAUGAGGCUUAAUGCAAUUGCAAAAAUUCUUUCACUGUGAUGAUCAGUAAAACAAGGAAAUGUAUUUUAUCAAAGAAAUUUUUUGGGGGUUAGUGGCUAUUGAAUAUUGUACUUUAGACUUACAAUGAAAAUCUGAUUGGUCUAGGGCAAUCAAUCAAUCAAUUUACAAUAGCUAGUGAAGUUGACAAGAUAAAUACAAGAUCUGCAGCUGAUAUUGCAUUUAUCAUGUUGAGAUCAAAGUGUGCUUAGUCUCCAAGCCCAUCAUCCAUAUAGUGUUCUCAAACUUUUGCAGCCUGAGAGAGGACCUCAAAACUACUUCUUUUGUAGAUUGUUUUUUACAUGUGUGAAAAAACAAACAUUUAAUAUGAAAAAAACAACCUUUAGUAUGAUGUGAUGAAUUCUCAAGCCUUGUGUCUGUCUUUUUUUUUGCCCUAGCCUUUGGCUUCAGUAGACAAGUCAGACCUUGGUUUUUAUAAUUUAGGAUAUCACGCCCAGCCUCAUCCACUAAUUGCUUAUUAUUUUGUGCAUAAGAAAUCGGUAGUGCAAGCUAUAUUUCAUCCAUCAUAAUGUUUGUAAAUGCAUGUUACAAAAUAAAUUACAGAGGUCAAAUAUUUUCUAGUACCAGUAAACAUAACUGAAAUUAUCUGUGCACAUUUUACUAAACAGAAAGGGUUUUCUACAUUUCAGCUCAUUUGAAGAAUCAAUUGAGGAUUGUAGUGAUAGCUGUAAUCUUUGCUGAUGUGUUAAUGAUUGACCUUUUUCUGAUUUGAAGGGGGGGGGAGUAAUUUUUUGUGAUAGCAUUAAAGAUUUUGAAGAUUGAAAUAUGUUUUGGCAUGAUUCAUUCAUUAUAGGGAAAAUUGUGAAUGUGCAGAAUCCUAUUUGUAGAUGUGGAACUUUAAAUUGAGUUGUUAGAAUAUAGGAAUGGUUCCUUUUCUGCCGUAUGUUUAUAUUCUUAAUCAAAUGACAAGUUCAGCCAUAGUCUAAAGAGACGAAAGAGUCGUAAAUAUUUAAUAAUUAAAUAAGGCUGAGGAGUAUUUUCUUAGGAUUCAAUGCAUUGUGAAUAAAAGAUGGAACUCCA